CAGGUUCAAACUAUUCGUGAGGAAAGCACGCGAGGAAGAGGAGCGCCUUCAAAAGAGAUGCAGACUGGACUUUCACAUGACUGCCCUGCCACAUAUUUAAAACUAAAUGGAUUCUUCCUGCAUAAUGCAUUUCCCAAAAAUACAGCAAAGACUGCAUGAAAUUAAUUAAAACGUAAAAGUAUAGCGAGAUUUACUCCGAUUUGGCAAUUUCCUGACGUCAGGACACAAUUUACACACGACAUUUAGUUGCUCCGGCCUACUGUUGCAUGAGACGACUGCGUGGUGAGCUGAAACACCUGUUUAAACAGCGCCUUAACGUUAGCUCCGUCCACCCCCACCCCCCUCAUGGCCUGUUUUGAAACCGGAGUGGUGAGUCACUCCUUUCUCGGUUUAGAAAAACAGAUCCGGCCAGGCUGGGGCCCGGCGGGGGGAUGGGAGGCCGGCGGUGGAUGAACACCGGAGGUGGACGCAGCUGGACUCCCACUCCCAAGGACCCCACAUCCUGACAACGGCCCGCCGUGUUCCCAUAGUGACCGGGGCCGAUCUGAAAGUGGAAAAAACAUCGCCAGAAUGAAUUGAUAUGUGUUGAUACGUGUUUUUGCAGCCUCGUAUUCGCGGGUGCAGCAAAUCAAUUGGUCAUGUUUUCAAAAAGAAUACCAAGAAGUGGGGAGACCUUCCCGUUUACGAACUUCAAAAAGAGACCGUUAACCGUAUGGCUGGACCUACUUGGAAGGGACAAUGUCUUUUAUUCUUUUAUUUUUUUAGACUUUAGUGCAAAGUGAUAAGCAACAACAACGUUCUCGAUAUUUUGUUUUGAUGGAUAGAUUGAUAUAAUGUAUUUUACCAUACGUUGCACAGUACUGUAAUAGUUCAUAUAUUUAGCUCUAUUUAAUCAGGGAAUCACUCUAAUGGUGUCUGUCUUUACCAAAAUCAUAGUCUACCCCCCGCCUUCUUUUCCCGCCAAAAGCCUCGGGGGCUGGGGGGUGGGAGUGUCGAAUUCUGUCUUUUCUGAUAGAGCGAAUCAAUGUCUCCAUGACAACCGUUGCUCUGGACGACUAGGGAUGCUCGGGGUGCUGCCGCAACAACAGAGGACCAUGCGCAAUGCGGCAGCGCGCGUAGUCCCGUUUGAUCCACGAUCCACCCCGGAAACAGUACUGUUGAAGUCUGUAACGCUGGCGGCUCGCUCGUGCUAAAGAGAGUGAGUUACCCUCAACGACACAAAGUGCAACGUGUCGUCUUUAAAAUAGAUUGGCGGCCUUAACACGCACGGGACACACAACUUGCCACAUUUGCAGUUUAAGCACUGACCGCUAGAUGGCAGCAUCGUCUCCUAAAUAAAACCCAGGUGUACAAGGAAACAAGAAAUACGUUCAAAUGCGAAACACUUGUUACCAGAAACAGAGGAAUCUCUACGCUUCAUACAAUCUGCUUCGCUGUAUACGGUACACAGUCGCACGUCGCGCUCGAGCCUGAAGCAGACCCCGAAACUUUGUUUCUGUCCCGGACAUUUGAACGAUAAAGUUUUAAUUUGAACCGACUCCCACUGCUACAAUGAUGGCGGCUGAUCGCACGGUGCACGGAGUGCCCCCUUCACUGUCUGCUAAAGUGGUUGGGUCAUUUGCCUAUUUGACGGUGAGAGAUCGGUUGCCCACCAUCCUGACUAAAGUUAUCGAUACAAUACAUCGCAACAAAAACAAGUUUUUUGAAGAAUAUGGGGAGGAAGGGAUCCGGGCAGAGAAGCAAACGAUAUCUCUGCUGUCUAAGAUGAGAAAUGAGCUGCAAACGGAUAAGCCGGUUCUCGCACUAACAGACGACCUGCAAGACACCGAGUGCUGGAAUCAGUACCUGCAGAGACAACAGGACUUGCAAGGAGACCAGGAUUCCGUCAGCUGGUUCAAGUCUCCAUGGCUCUAUAUGGAGUGCUACAUGUAUCGCAGAGUACAGGAGGCCCUCUGGCUCAAUCCUCCCAUCAGUGACUAUGACGUCUUUAAUGAGGCAAAGACUCAGAGCUAUUUUGAGUCUCAGCAAGCUAUGAUGACCUUAUGUACAUACUCGGAGGGCGUCAACAAGAAUAUGGAAGAACUCUCCAAGAAUCAGCUGCUUGAGCAUUUUAACAAACUGCUACAGGUUUCUCUAUGGGGGAACAAGUGUGAUAUGUCCAUCUCUGCUGGCCAAGACAACUCACAAAAGACCAGUCCAUUAGAUUCCCUCAACAGCCUGCAACCCUUCAUCUUGGUGAAUGACUCCAACAUGGUUUGGUCCGCUCUUAUUGCAGCUCAGAGGCCAGGACAAACCGAGGUAACCACUGGAGUCAGAGUGGACAUCGUUCUAGACAAUUCUGGCUUUGAGUUGUUCACUGACUUGGUCUUCGCAGAUUUCCUGGUUUCCUCCCGCCUUGCUCGCGAGGUCCAUUUUCAUGGCAAAUGCUUCCCAUGGUUUGUCUCUGAUGUCACAGCUAACGAUUUUCAGUGGACCAUCCAGCAGACGAUGGCGGCCAAUCACAAGUGGAUGUCAAAGAGUGGUGUCCAGUGGAAGAGCCACCUGAAGGAGGGCGUGUGGUCCUAUCAUGAUCAUCCUUUCUGGACACAGCCCCAUGAGUUUUGUGACAUGGAAGCUGAUGCACCUGAUCUGUAUGCGACCCUGCAGGGGGCAGACCUGGUGCUGUUUAAGGGAGAUCUCAACUACAGAAAGCUCACUGGGGACAGAGAGUGGGCUCACACAGUGGGCUUCAAUACUGCACUACGAGGUUUUGGGCCUGCACCAGUGUGUAGCCUGAGGACUCUCAAGGCCAACAUUCAGGUUGGUCUGCAGCCGGGCCAGGGGGAAAAGCUCAGCUCCCAAGAUCCUGACUGGAUGACCAGCGGCAAAUACGCUGUCAUUCAGUUCUCCAGCUCCAAGUUAGAACAAAAAGACUGACCUCAGGAUCUCAUUGGGAAGACGUGGGUUCAUAAGAACAUUACAGUAAGAAGUACCAUAAGAAGGAGUUACCUUUUUAAGCCAUAAAACCAAGUCUUUGUUCCUCGUCAGUUAGCACUGCAUCAUGUUUGAUACAGAAAUGUACAGUAACAGACAUAUUUGAGUUAUUUUCACAAUCUAUUUGUACCAUGUCAUACUUAAAAUGUUAGCACUUUAGAUCUUCCUGUUUCCCCAUGAUUUAAACACAAUUGUUUACGGUGACAAAGUUAUCCUCCGAGGCAAAUGGCUGAUAUGAUGAUUUGAUCUCAAAUAGCUCAUGUGUUGUGCACAAUGUAUUAUGGCAUACUGUUUACAGGUUAUGUAGAUGCUAUUAACUAUUUUUGAGUUAGAAUUGGGCUUUAUUAAUCUCUAAUCUCCUAGAGCAGCAAUACUUUUCUUUUUGCAUGCAGUUUGUUUAACUGCUCAGGUUGUUUUAUUUUUUAUUGCAUUCGGUGUCAUUGAUAUGCAUGUAUCAAAACAUGCAUGUAUCAAAACAUGCUGACAGCCAUUUACAUUCUGCUAAAGUAGAUCAUAACAUUGUUUGAUAACCUUUUUGCUCAGUUAGAAAGAUGGUAGACUGUUAUUGAGGCAGUGUGACAGUAACGGUGACAAUGUGUGCUUGUAUGGCUUAGAAGUCAUCUACAUUGUCCACAUCUGAGGUGUUAACUGGAUUCUUCUGCUGGGUGAAAUUAUAUAAUUUUCAUUAAUGGGUUUGAUUUAAUAAAGAAUUGCAUAACUGGU